AUGGAUGGGACCUGCGCUCUUCAGGACACAUCGCAGCUGCAGGAUUUUGUGCCUUGGCCUUCUCUUUGGCUGAAAAAGCACCUUUCUUCCAGAGGGCAGAGGAAUGGUUUGACUCUCAUACAGCACUACUUCCGUGCAGAAUUUGGACCGUCAACAAAGGUGAUCUUCGAGCAGAGCAGCUCCGCAGGAAGUUUCUUUCGGCGUUUUCCGGUGCAUCGCAUGCUGAUCAGCGGCUUGGCUGACGGCCUCAACAAGCGCCACACGCGCAGCACUUCGCCGGAGUUUCGCAUGCGACAUGACUGGAACUCGCUGUUGGGCACAGAUACUCUGGGCAUAGCUCCCAUGACGGCCAGGACCAGGGAACUGUACCCGCAGGCAGAUGUCUUGGCGAAGUACCUUGAAGACUAUGCCCAGCAUUUGUUGCAGUACAUCGAGUUCAACGUCCAGGUGUUACGCCUCUCCCGAAAAAAUGGCGAGUUCCAUCUGGAGCUCCGCCCUGCCGACGGCGCAUCGACGCAGCGCUGCGGCCGGGUGGUGCUGGCGCAGGGCUUGCGACCGCAUCGACCCCAGGGCUUCGUUGGUGCCGAGCUCUUGACGGGCUAUGAGGACCUGGACUCCAGCGAUGCCUAUGAGAACCGUUCGGUGCUGGUUUGGGGCUUCGGCAACGCGGCGCACGAGACGGCGCGGGAGAUGCAAAAAUUUACCCAGGACAUCACGCUGCUGCACCGCACCAGCCGCGCCGGCGAAGUCUUCGCCGGCUCCGGGGCCUCCGGGGGCUCCGGCUCCGGGCUGCCGCGCUUCGCCUUCUUCACCCAUUACCCCGGCGACGUGAGGAAAAUGGACACUGAAAUCCUGCUAUGCUUGGAACUUUACUAUGGAACUUCACUGGUUCAACAUGGUUCAACAUGCUUCAACCUCUAUGAUGGAAGAUGUCCGCACUUUGGCUGUGAGACUGCUGUUUGCACUAUACUGGUAUUGCUGAAAAUGCUGGCGAGUGGCCAGAUUUGGAUCAGGACAGUCACAAUGCAAAUCUACGACUCCUAUCUGCUGAAGGCUUUAGAUGUGAAGUUGCCAUACUCCGAGGACAGCAGCACUUGGUCAGUUGGUCACUGUGAUGCCGAUGUCGCCAUUGCCAUGGAGGAUGAGGAGCCCGUCUUUCUUCCCUGCGGCAACCAGAUUUGCGUCUGGGUCUCCAAGAGCAAUCGCUGUGCGGGCGCAGGUGUCAAUGGGCAGAUCCUGCCCAUGCGCUGGGUGGGCGCCGAGCAGCCCCGCGAAUGCGUGGUGGAGGUGGGGCCUUUGCCAUCGCGGGAAGAGCGGCAACUCCGGAGGCGCUUGGCGACAGCCACGGAGGGCCAGGACUUCCAGUGGCGCGGCGAUGUGCUGCGCUCUGCCCGGGCCAAUGAGGCCUUACUGGAGCGGCUCCGUGUCCUGGGAUUCGGAAGCCUGGAGGAGUAUCAGAUGCUUCGUGAGCGUGAAGGCCUCGCAUUGCCCAGUGCCAUGGAGAACUGGCACAGGGCCAAGCGUUUGGAGGUCUCAACAGCCUUCCUACAGCGAGACCCAGCACUUCUGCAACUGCUGGCCAGGUUACGACCCCGCCUGGGCACCGAACCCUUGCGUCAUCCCGUGGACCUGGCUGUGCGCUGCUUGGGCUGGCGCGCCAGGCUGGUGGAGGGCAGCAACGCCACAGGCAAAUACCCCAAGAUCGAUGUCUCCUACCAGUCACUGGAGCUGCCCGGCCUUUACUUUGCAGGUGCUGCAGCACAUGGACGGGACUACCGCCGUUCCGCCGGUGGCUUUAUCCAUGGCUUCAGGUACACUGCACGAGCUCUGUACCGAAUCCUUCGGCAACCUUUCGCUGGCUGGCCGAACCAAAGUUUUACCGGUGCUCAAUGGAAGCAGCAGGUGUUGCGACGAAUCAAUGAAGCUGCAGGUCCCUACCAGAUGUUUGGCGAACUGGUGGAUGUCGUUCUCUUCUCAGCUGGUGAAUUGUUGUACUUAGAAGAGCUCCCUGUGGCCUAUGCCCAGCAACACUGGAGGGACCAACCGCGGCUGCAGCUGAGCUUCGUCUACGGCCGCCGCUUCAGCGCCGUGGAUCUGCCGAGUCCUGGGGCCGUGGGUCCCGAGCUGGGCGAACUCUCGGCGUUUCUGCAUCCGCGGCUCGAGUUCUUUGGCCCCUGUGGAGAUUAUGGGCACUGCGCGCCCAACCUGUCGCAUGCGCUGGUGGAAGACGUCUACACCGAUUGGCGCUCCAUGCUGGGACAUGUGGAUCCACUCUUCCAUUUUCUGGAGGUCUGUGCUCAAAGGGCAUCUCAGUGGCUACGAGGUUGA